CAAAGGCGCUGCCCAGGGAGCCCUCGUCCGACUCCACUUGCCGCCGCCGGAGAAGGGGGAUGAGGGAUGGGCCCGGGUGUCCAGGCCCUUCUCGGCCCAGCCCCACUUGCGUCCUUGGCACAAACGUCUCUGGGAGAAAGGCGGAGAUGAGAACCUCCACACAGCCCCAGUGACAAGGACAUGGCCCUGCUUUGGCAGAAGGAGGAAAUUGAUAUUGUCAGUCUCCCCAGAUCAACAGUCAAGAUUUUAAAAGUCAUAAGCCUUCUGAUGGUGGUGGUGAGCCAUGGCGGCAGAUGAUAAAGUUGCUAUCUUAACUGAUGAUGAGGAGGAGCAGAAGAGAAAAUAUGUGCUUGCUGAUCCCUUCAAUGGAAUUUCCAGGGAACCAGAACCACCUUCAAAUGAAACGCCCUCCUCCACAGAAACAUCUGCUAUUCCUGAGGAGGAAAUAGACUGGAUAGAAAAACAUUGUGUUAAAAUAAACAACGAUCUUCUCAUUUCCAAGGUUUUUUACUUUUUCUUUUACUCUGCCUAUGGCUCUCUUUACCCACUUUUGCCUGUGUAUUAUAAACAGCUGGGAAUGUCGCCAAGCCAGAGUGGACUGUUGGUUGGUAUUAGAUACUUCAUUGAAUUCUGUAGUGCCCCCUUUUGGGGUGUGGUUGCAGACCGCUUCAAAAAAGGCAAAAUUGUCCUUCUCUUUUCUCUUUUGUGUUGGGUUUUAUUCAACCUGGGCAUUGGGUUUGUCAAACCUGCUACCUUGAGAUGUGUACCAAAGAUUCCCCCAACAGCUCACCCCACCAAUGCAAGUCACCUGUUAACUGUCUUGCCAACAAAUUCUUCUGCUAUCUCUUUCCUUACUAUAUCACCAAAAAUGCGGGAGAAAAGGGACUUGUUUCCUUCCAGUGGGCCACCAGUGUUAGAAACGGGGCCCAACAUCUUAGAUGCUGAUAUCGUUUCGACAGCUUCAACCAAGAUCCAUGAACCCACUCUGCAGCCCCAGAUAGAUGAAAUCACUGACCUUGUUAUGGACUUGAGCCUGAAUACAAGCACAGCAACCCUUUCCCCCACGGGGAAUGUAACCAGGGAGACAACCACUGCUAUUGUCACUACCACCAAAUCUUUACCUUCUGACCAAGUCACUCUUGUUUAUGAUCAGCAAGAAGUUGAAGCUAUAUUCUUGGUGAUCUUGGUAGUUGUCAUAAUUGGAGAAUUUUUCAGUGCCUCUUCUGUCACGAUUGUAGACACAGUGACACUCCAGUAUCUGGGAAAGCACCGAGACCGCUAUGGACUGCAGCGCAUGUGGGGCUCCCUGGGCUGGGGCCUGGCGAUGCUGUCCGUGGGCAUCGGGAUUGACUAUACCCACAUGGAAGUUCUCGUGGAUGGCAAGGGGUGUAAGCCCCCUGAGUACCGGAACUACCAGAUCGUCUUCAUCGUCUUUGGAGUUCUCAUGACGAUGGCCUUGAUUGUGGCUACCCAGUUCCGUUUCCGCUACAACCACUUCACCAACAGUGAUAGCAAGGGGAAAGAGGUGGAGAUCCCUCAGGUGGAAAGGAACAACUCCACCGAGUCCUCCGAGGAGACACCCACCACCACGAGCCACUCGCAGACCUUCAACUUUUGGGACUUGAUCAAACUGCUCUGCAGCGUGCAGUAUGGCUCAGUGUUAUUUGUGGCUUGGUUCAUGGGUUUUGGAUAUGGCUUCGUGUUCACCUUUCUCUACUGGCAUUUGGAAGACCUGAAUGGAACUACAACCCUCUUUGGGGUCUGUUCAGUCCUGAGUCACGUGUCUGAGCUGACAGCUUAUUUUUUUAGUCACAAGCUUAUUGAAUUGGUUGGCCACAUCAGGGUUCUGUACAUUGGCCUGGCCUGCAAUACAGCUCGCUAUAUUUAUAUUUCCUACCUGGAAAAUGCCUGGACUGUCCUCCCCAUGGAAGUUCUUCAAGGAGUGACACACGCGGCCAUCUGGGCAGCAUGUAUUUCUUACCUCAGUGCAGCUGUUCCCCCUGAGCUGAGGACAUCUGCACAGGGCAUCCUGCAGGGCCUUCACCUGGGAUUGGGGAGAGGAUGUGGUGCCAUGAUUGGAGGCGUGUUAGUCAAUUAUUUUGGGGCUGCUGCAACCUUCCGAGGCAUUGGCAUGGCCUGCCUGGUGAUCCUCCUGCUCUUUGCCCUGAUCCAGUGGCUGGCAGUGCCAGAUGAGGAAGAAGACAAGACAAUGUUGGCAGAAAGGAUUCCUGUUCCCUCCAGUCCUGUUCCCAUAGCAACCAUCGACUUGGUACAGCAACAGACAGAAGAUGUCAUGCCACGCAUUGAGCCCAGACUUCCACCCAAGAAAACCAAGCACCAGGAAGAACAGGAAGAUGUGAACAAACCAGCCUGGGGGGUCAGCUCCUCCCCCUGGGUGACUUUGGUCUACGCACUCUACCAAAUUAAAGAGAUGAUGCAACUGACAAGAGACAACCGUGCUUCUGAGAUACAGCCUUUACAGGGGACCAGUGAGAAUCAAGAAAAUUCUCUAGCUGGUGGAGUCCAACCUGUCCCGCGUGAGACUCACCCUGACCCACCUAGAAACCAGCCAUCCCCUGACGCAGCAGCAUCUCAGACACAGAUUAGCUCUGUUCACCCCAGUGUGGACCCACGUGCGGAGGAGAGUGGGGAGCAGCACACUCGGCCUGCCACUGGAGGACGCUGAGGGACCGUGUCCUGCUCAUCUCACACCCUGCAUGGAAUUGGGUUCCUUGGCCAGACCCCAUCACAACUCCUGCGGAAGGAGCCAGCACCACAUACGCUUCUAAAUAUCUAAACUCAUUAACAUGGAAAACACACACACAUAAACACACACACACCUGAGCUACAGUACAUAUGGCAAGAGAAGGUGAACUUCCAUAGUCCCAUUGGAGUCACAGAAAAGAAAUAGCAUUCAGUGAGGACUUCCGUUCUUGGUUGGUUAGGUGAAUGACCACAGAACAUUUCUGCCAAUGCAGGAAGGCUGGAAACCAGCUGUUACACUAAGUAGAGGGAACACAAGUAUUUCAAGGUGAAUAUUGGUAUAAUUUCCCUCUUCUGAUUAUUUAUUCUAAUUAUUGUGUUCUUAAUGCCCACUGUAAAGAAAUAGAGUACAUCUAUAAUUUUUUUUCUCUAGAAGAGAACCAUUUAAAAAAUUGUAAGAUAUAUUAAAAGGUAAUCAGAUGAAAGUAGUACUUAUACUUUUUUGUUUAAAAUUUUAAAAAGUUAAGUUUCAUCAUAAGCUUUGCAUAUCUCCAACAAAUAUAUUUUUAUAUACGUAUAGUAUAUAUUGAAAAUAGUACUGAGCAGCAAAAGCUGUCAUUGACUACUGCAAGCUAAAUUGAGCUUUAAAAUGCCUUUUGUUUUAAAUGGGCUUUGAGAA